AUGAUGCUUCUCAGCAACCUCAGCCCCCCUCUCAUCCAAGAGGCCCUAUCUCAACAUGUGUCUGUCUUGGACCUCUUCCUUCCUGGUUUCACUAACAUCACCAAUGCUGCCAGUCAAGCCUUCAAUGGCAACCUGACUGGCUACACUCAGUUUAUGUGUCUCUUUGCGUUGGUUGCGUUCUUGAAGCCAUAUGUUUUCGAAUUGAGAGAUUGGUUCAUUCAACGCUGCACAACAACAAUCUACAUCAAACGAUCGGACGAAACGCACGAUAUGGUACAAGCCUGGGUCUCAUCUCGUCGGUUAGACGAUGCUGCUCGUUCUAUGCUUGCCAAGAUCCGAACAAAGCAAGAUUCAACACGCGAGAAACACCUUGAAGGGAAAAAGGCUCUUCAAUACGCCCCGUGGGAAGGCUCCUUUCUCUUCCGGUACAAGUGCAACGUGCUUCAAUACCGGACUACACUGGUGGAGCAAGGUUUCCACAAAGAGGAGCAAAUCUCCAUCACUUGUGCUGGGCGAUCUUCAGUCUUGAAGGAUCUCCUGGAAGAAUGUCGAACUGCAUACCUCAACGAAUCAAAGAAUAAAACGAUCAUCUAUGGGCACCGCGAUGAAUACUGGAGAAAGGAGAAAGCAGUAGCUGCUCGGCCUCUGUCAACAGUCAUUCUCGACAAGAAACAAAAGGAACCUUUGAUCAAGGACAUUCAAGAUUUCCUCAACCCUGAAACCAGAUGCUGGUACUCCGACCAUUCGAUCCCCUACAAGCGAGGAUACCUCCUUCAUGGGCCGCCUGGAACGGGGAAAUCCAGUUUUAGCUUGUCAGUCGCCGGUGAACUGGACAUGGACAUUUAUGUCAUCAGUAUCCCCAGUGUAAACGAUCGAAUGCUGAAGAGUUUGUUCGCCGAGCUUCCAGAAAGAUGUGUUGUCUUGCUGGAGGACAUUGAUGCAGCAGGAGCUGCGUGUUCUAGGGACACCGGCUCGGAAGAUUCGGACAGUGGCACAGACGCGAGGCCGAAAAGGAAGGGGGUCACUCUUUCAGGCUUGCUGAACGUCCUUGAUGGUGUAGCCUCUCAGGAAGACCGAGUCCUUGUCAUGACCACCAACCAUCCCAAAAAGUUGGACCAGGCAUUGACGCGUCCCGGCCGAAUUGACAUGGAGGUCGAGUUUCAGCUUGCUAAUAGAGGCAUUAUCAAAGAUAUUUUCCGCUUCAUGUUUUGGGAACCGGAAAAGCAGAGGGAGCAUGAAAGGGUGGUGGAGAGUCAAGCGGAUCAGUUUGCCUCUAAGGUACCAGAGUCCGAGUUCAGUCCGGCGGAGAUCAUGUCGUACCUUCUGCCACACAGGUCUUGCCCGGCUGCUGCAGUAGAGAACUGCGGCCGAUGGGUGGAUGGUCUCCUUAAGGAGAAGCAGGGCAAGAGAGACUCACUGAAUAGUAGCAUCAGAAAUCACCGUACUUAG